AUGGAGCCCUUUUGUGUUCGCCUCAACUGCAUUGAUCAUUACCAGGCGACCGCGUCGGCGCUAGAUCCUCCGCUGCCCUUUGGAGAUGGCGUAUUGGAUAAGAAAUUCAAGCCCAAAGUGCCUGUGGUACGAGUGUUUGGUGCGACUGAAACUGGCCAACGAGUCUGUGCGCAUAUACAUGGCGCAUUUCCUUACCUCUAUAUCGAAUACAACGGGUCUUUGGAACCAGAGGCCGUAAACUCUGCAAUAAGUACCAUCCACCUGUCGAUUGACCAUGCUUUGGCUGUCAGUUAUCGGCGGAAUGCCUACGAUAAAAGGACCGCGUUCGUCGCGCAUAUUAGUCUGGUCAAAGGAAUUCCAUUCUACGGCUACCAUGUUGGCUACCGAUUCUUCUUUAAGAUUUAUCUUUUCAAUCCCCUCUACAUUAAUCGCCUUGCCGACCUAUUGCACCAAGGAGCUGUGAUGAAACGGCCGUUGCAGCCCUACGAAAGUCACAUGCAGUAUGUUCCACAAUUUAUGAGCGACUACAACUUGUUUGGGUGUACAUACAUGAACUGCAGCAAAGUCCAAUUCCGUGGACCAGUCCCAGAGUGGCUUGAGCUCAGUAAUCUUGAUCAUCGGUGGCACGACCGCUCUAUCAACCCCGAUAGCAUAUCUGAUGAUCCGGCCCUUCAAAAACAAAGUCACUGCCCUCUAGAGGUAGAUAUUUGCGUGCAAGAUAUUUUAAAUCGACUUGAAAUCUCGGAACGAUCGCUGCAUCAUGACUUUACGGAAUUACUACGACCGGCUGCUGUUAACGAGCGGCUGGUUCCCAGUAUGGCGGGAUUGUGGAAGGAUGAGACAAGGAGACGUAAGAAAUUGAUAGGAAUCACUGACCCUGGAAGUACUCCAUUUGGCCCGGAGGAAUUGAUAUCAAUGUCCGCCGACCCCAGAAACGAGGCUAAGGGAGGCUGGAUACACGAGGAUGAAUUCCAAGACAUGGCUUUUCAGAUGGCCGCUGAUGAGAGACGUACCGACAACGAACAGAAUAUUUCUUUCGAUACAUUCCUACAUGUUGACCAACAUGCAAAAAGUGUUAAGACAGCUUUGAGUAGUGUGGAGGAUUUUUUCCCAAACAGAAUAGAUGAUGACCGAAACUUGAAGCCUGAUGAGACGGCUGAGAUUUUGGUGGACGAGCAAAUCGCUUUACCUUCUCAACCUGAUGCUCAAUCUUCGAAUCAGCUGGAUGAUAUAUCAGAGGAUCUUGUCAAUGAAUUAAAACCUGCAGAAAGAGUUGCAGUGGAUGAAAGCUUCAACGAUGAUAUUUUCGAUGAUCUUUCUCAGCCAGAUGUAGCUACUAUGAGGCCAGAUAUUCGGCAUGAAGAGGGAUUAGCUGUGAAUUAUACACGCGAACCUGACAUGAAACGAGCAUCCCCUGUGGAUGCUGAUCCCAUAUCACUGCCAGUGAAAAAGCCGAGGUUCUGGAGCGAUGUGCCACCCAGUGUGUCGAAUAAUUUGUCCGAAAAAAACGGGUUUUCCGAACAUGAAGAUGGGAAAAAGGAGGAGACCAGGAGCCAAAAUCUCGAACUUCCAUCAUCUCAAUCAAGAUCAAUGUCAUCCCAAUCGUCCCAGAAAACAAUUCGGCCCAAGGCGCACGCGCCAAACAGAAUCAGUUUUCCGGUGGUGAAAGAAUCCCACGACCCAUCAACGAUCAAGCGAUUCAGUCAAGAUGGAUAUUCUGAAAAGUCGGAUCUGGGGUUAUCUCAACUCAUGCCCAGCUCAUUCCCUUCGGAAUCGGUGACAAGCGAACUUGGUAAUGACAGUGGAGCUGCAUGUUCUUUAACACCCACCACAUUUGCCCUAGAUCCACACGUCACUGAGGUGAAACGAAAAAUCUAUGGAGCAUUUAACAUCCCAAGGCAUAAAUCUUUGAAUGUUCUUCGGUUCCCCAGCCCUCGAUUAAAUGAGGUGGAAUCGACUAUGCAUGACUUUGGAAGACCAUCUGUUGUGUAUCAGAAUGCCUUUUACAGCGAAAAAACUGACGUGCCCGAAUGGCCCAGAGAAUAUGGCGGUCGAGAGUUUCGACUGGAAAGCGACACUAUCCACUAUCUUCCUGAGUUUGAUCCAUCGGCUUCGCUGCCUGCAAUGUUUGGCGCUCAUGACCCAAUUAUCUUUGACCGGGAACGACAGGAAAGAAUAGAUCAGGAAUCAAGAAGGUCAUGCACUGCCAAGUUGUGGGAGUUUGCACCAGUGCCUCCAUGUAGAUCCGAGGUCAUCGACUGGUUCGAAAAACUUGAAGUGUCGCCGAAGCGCUCUAUCAACAAACUCAGCGUCCAAUUACCAGAAGAAAGACAGGAGGCGAUGUCACAGAUCGAAGGCCCGACGCAGAAAAACGCUUAUGGUAUUACUCAUUCACAGAAGAUCAAGAAAACUGGCGUGGAACACCAGUCCUUGUCCAUGAGCACAAUGAGCUUAGAGUUACAUGUCAAUACCCGCGGAACCCUACUGGCUAAUCCUGCUGAGGAUGAGAUAUCUUGUCUAUUCUGGUGUAUUCAGUCAGAAGAUGGCGAUCUGGAGGUCAACAGUCAUCUUCCUGGUGUUCAUGUUGGAAUGAUCUAUCAGGGCGAAGAACCGAGACCCGAGGCGAAAAUCUCAAAGGCUUUGAGAAUCGAGAUUGAACAUGAGCCUACAGAAUUGGAUUUGAUCAACCGACUGGUUGAUAUUGUCCGCUUCAAUGAUCCGGAUAUCAUUACAGGCUACGAAGUCCACAACGCUUCGUGGGGCUAUUUAAUUGAGCGGGCGAAGAAAAAAUACGACUUCGACCUGUGCGAAGAGCUUUCUAGGGUGAAAUCACAGUCUCAUGGCAAGUUUGGUAAAGAUGACGACCGUUGGGGGUCGGAUCAUACCGCCUCAAUUCAGUUGACUGGACGGCACAUAAUCAACAUUUGGCGUGCUAUGAGAGGUGACGUCAGCAGCUUGUUGCAAUAUACAAUGGAGAAUGUUGUGUUUCACCUGCUUCAUCGUCGGAUUCCCCACUAUUCUCAUCGUGAUCUGACUAAAUGGUAUCAGAGCGGAAAACCAUCCAAUAUCUUCAGGGUUGUGGAGUACUUCACUUCGCGCGUGCAGUUGAACCUGGAAAUCCUUGAAGCCAAUGAGUUAGUCCCACGAACAAGCGAGCAGGCAAGACUGCUAGGUAUUGACUUCUCGUCCGUCUACUAUCGUGGAUCUCAGUUUAAAGUAGAGUCUUUGAUGUUUCGAAUAGCCAAACCAGAGAACUUUAUCCUUGUGUCUCCAAGCAGGAGGCAGGUCGGGCAGCAGAACGCCCUGGAAUGUCUACCACUUGUCAUGGAACCACAGAGUGACUUUUACACGAGUCCGGUUGUGGUUCUUGACUUUCAAUCACUAUAUCCAAGCGUAAUGAUCGCCUAUAACUACUGCUAUUCAACAUUUCUUGGAAGAGCAGCUCCCUGGCGAGGUCGAGACAAGAUGGGUUUCUUGGAUUACAAACGACAAACAAGGUUACUGGAGCUGCUGCAAGGCAAGAUAAAUAUUGCACCAAAUGGCAUGAUGUAUGCCAAGCAAGAAGUGCGCAAGUCACUGUUGGCGAAAAUGCUAACGGAACUUCUUGAGACUCGCGUGAUGGUAAAAAGUGGCAUGAAGACGGAAAAGGAUGACAAGAUGCUACAACGAUUGUUGAACAACCGUCAACUAGCGCUCAAAUUGACAGCGAACGUUACAUACGGAUACACCUCUGCAUCAUUCUCUGGUAGAAUGCCAUGCUCCGAGAUCGCAGACAGUAUCGUGCAGACUGGGCGUGAGACGCUUGAGAAGGCAAUUGCUCUAAUCCACUCAGUAGAGAGAUGGGGUGCUGAAGUUGUCUAUGGAGACACAGACAGUCUGUUUAUCCAUCUUAAGGGCCGCACCCGCAAUCAAGCGUUUGACAUAGGCGAAGAGAUUGCCAAAGCGGUAACAGACACGAACCCGCGUCCAGUGAAGCUCAAAUUUGAGAAAGUGUACCACCCGUGUGUUCUGCUUGCCAAGAAACGAUAUGUUGGUUUCAAAUAUGAGCAUCGUAAUCAAAAAGAACCAGAUUUCGACGCCAAGGGGAUUGAAACCGUUCGCCGCGAUGGUACACCCGCAGAGCAGAAGAUUGAAGAGAAAGCCAUCAAACUCCUCUUCCGCACUGCGGACCUUAGCCAGGUAAAAUCCUACUUCCAGCGACAAUGCAGCAAGAUCAUGCAAGGCCGGGUCUCAAUUCAAGACUUUUGUUUCGCUCGUGAGGUCCGUCUAGGCACCUACAGCGAUCGUGGUACACUCCCAGCCGGGGCAAUGAUAAGCACCAAACGCAUGAUCGAGGAUCCACGUUCAGAGCCACAGACUGGUGAACGUGUUCCCUACAUCGUGAUCACCGGUGCCCCGGGAUCAAGAUUAAUCGAUCGGUGUGUUGCACCCGAGACACUCCUUAAAGAUGCCCAGAUUGACCUGGACGCCGAAUACUACAUCACUAAAAACAUUAUUCCACCUCUUGAACGGAUCUUCAGUCUAGUCGGUGCAAAUGUUCGGCAAUGGUAUGAUGAGAUGCCCAAGUUCCAGCGUAUCCGUCUUGUCGCGGGGUCUUCGUCCCUAGGCAGGGAAUUUAGAAUGACUAAAAAGACGCUGGAGUCUUAUAUGCGUUCAUCUUCAUGCGUCAUUUGCAGGGACAAAAUGACUGAUUUGAAAAAUUCCGUGUGUGGGAAUUGUCUCGCGAGCCCCCACACUGCGCUUUUGGAUGUCGUUUCGAAGUUGCAGAGGGCUGAGAAGCGAGUUGUUGAUCUUGAGGCGGUCUGUCGGUCCUGCAUGGGGGCUUCUGUAGUCGAUGAGGUUAGUUGUGAUAGCAUGGAUUGCCCUGUGUUUUAUGCUCGAACCCGAGAUACAGCGAAGUGGCGACAUUCAAAGGCUGUUUUGGAGCCUGUUAUAGAUCAAUUGGAGAAGAAGGGCGAUGAAGGAUUAUACUAA